AUGUCGACUUCUGUGUUUGACAGCUUGGAGAUGACGCCAGUUCUGCUGGUCUCAGCUCUCGCUCUUGUGGCAGGCUUGGUCUACAGAUACUUAACGACCUACCCAGCCAAUCUACCACCAGGCCCGCGGGGUUGGGACUGCUUCAAACAACUAAUGGAAGCGUACAGUACAAGCAAACUGAAAGAGAAGUUGUGGAGCUGGGCAGAGCAGUAUGGCGACCUCGUCUUCUAUUACUCAUUGGGUGCCCCCUUUUGUGUCCUCAACUCGGCGAAGGUGACACGGUUACUUUUGACUGACGAUAAGUACAAGUUGUUGACCGCUGACAGGGAACCAAACUUCUUUGCCAAAAACUUCUGGUACAACGGCAAAGAUAUGUUCUUCACAAAGUACGACGCUAUCACCAAGAGAAAGAGGAGAAUUUUCCAUAAGGCUCUGGGCAUGUUCGGUGAUGGAGUGCACCGGUUUGAGAACGUUGUGGGAGAGGAGUUGAACAAGUUCAUGGCUGGCCUGGGGCAGAAGGAGAACGUGGACAUCCAGAUAGACCGAGACCUGGCUCGAUCUUUGAAAAAGAUUAUUUAUAUACUGCUGACCGGUGAAAAUACGGACGACGAAACAGUGGAUAAGUUGGAAGAAUACGACUUGGUCACCAACGACGUAUCGAACCUUGACAACCAGAUCAUCUUAACCUACCUGCCCUUCAUGCGACACUUCGGGAAGUUCAAGGCCAUGUGUGACCGCACAUCGACAACCAGAGAAAUAUCUGAAAAGAAAAUUUUUUACCACGUCAAAAAAACAUACGUCCCUGGCGAGAUUCGGGGAAUCGUCGACAUCUUUCUCCAACAAGCAAAUGAGCCAGGAUACGAGUUCCUUAAGGAUGAUGAACACAUCAAGGGCACGCUCAGUCUUAUCUUCCUAGCAGUUAUCUGUUCAGCCCAUAUGACGUCCAGAUCAACCCUCCUGUCUUCCUUCCUUGUCAUGUGUCAUUACCCGGAGGUGAUGAGGAACAUUCAGGAAGAAAUAGACCGCGUCCUCGGAGACCGGCAGCCCCGUGUGGAGGACAGACUGGACAUGCACUAUACCGAGGCCUUUAUCUUGGAGAUGCAGAGAUACAUCACUCAACUCGCGCUGGGCUCCCAGAGAGUGGUGAAAGAAGACAUCCCCUUGAACGGUUACGUUAUUCCAAAGGGAACUACGUUGGUCGUCAACAACUGGUACUUUAACAGAGAUUCAACAUUCUAUGAGGAUCCUUGGAAAUUCAAACCGGAGAGAUUCCUCGACGCUAAAGGCCAACUUCUGCAAGCUGACCACGAAGCCAGGAAAAGGUAA